CCAUCUUUGAACUCAAAGGUCUCCACAACGACGAGUUUUCUCGGUCUCGCGUUGUGCUCUGUUACUCUCCCUGUUCGCCAUUCGAUCCUGCUUUCAAUCCUACUCCGCAUGGCGGGGCGAGAGGUUCGAGAGUACACCAAUCUCAGCGACCCCAAAGAUAAGAAGUGGGGCAAGGGCAAGGAAAAGAUUGAUGAUGAAGAUAUCACGUUCCAGCGUAUGGUUGCGAAGAUGCAGGAGGUUGCUGGUGAACGAGGAGGGUAUCUUCAUGGACGAGGCGGUACUUAUUUUAUUUACCAUCAAAACCUCAAAAUUUCAUCUUCCUAUAAUGUUUUGCUAUAUAUAUAUAUUUUCCCUCAUGCAUUUUACAGCUCUGGACAGUGAUGACUUGUUAUAUCUCAAGGAACAAAUGGAAGCAGAGGAAGAUGCUGAGCGGCUUCUACGGCGCACAGAAAAACGAGCUUUUGCUGCAUUUAAGAAAGCAGCCAGUAUAGCUGAUCAAGCACCAGCGACAUUGCCUCUACCCCUUCGUGUUGAACCAAAGCCAAAGAGUGGCAUCAGGCAGCAAGAUUUGUUAAAGAAUGUCGUAGAAAUUAGACCAAAGCGGCACAGAGUCUCUAGUCCAUCUGAUCAGGUACAAAAUAACAAACCAAGUUCAUUAUCAGACGCUCAACGUCCAAAACCUGGGAAUACCGAUCCUCACACAGAAGGAAAGAUUUCAUGUGCUACAAACUCAGUUGAAGAAGUACAUAAGCUAUCGCCAGUCACCAGUCAGGGGAGGGAUGUUUCUUCGUCAAGACCGACAAUUGCUCAGACUGAAGUUAAAACUGAAAAUUCUGUUGGAGGUUUAUUAGGAUUAGCCUAUGAGAGUUCUGAUGAAGAUUGAAUUGAGGCAAAAUUCAGAUCAAUGUGAAGAAUCAAAAUCUUGUGCGAUUUUUUUCUCGCACAGGAACAAGAUGAAUGCUAGUAGAAACAUCUUUGUUUUUAGGUUUUAAUGUAUUGCAAAAUAUUAUUACUUUAUUGCUUUUUGUUCUGACUUGAGUUUUAGAGAAAUUUGUAAGAAAUGCAUCCAACAUCAAAUGAUGUAAGUUUUGUUGGAAUUGGUUUAAUGCUUGAUAUUUUGUUA